AUGCCAAGGCGUGCGGUUGUGUUGGCGGAGCUGCGGAAUCCGGCAGGAGCAGCGGCGCCGCGGGGGCUGGCGUUGUUUGGAACGCUGCGUAUCUCGGUGCACUUGCGUUAUCUCCCCUCCCUGCGACUACCGCUGCAGGGCGCGCAUGUUAUGGUUCAUUUAGUGCUCCGCAUCCUGUUACAGUUGGAAGAUACGUUCUUCAGACCUCAUUUGCGCGGCGCCAGGGGUGAUGCUGUGACAACGGUGGUGGCGACGGUGCCUAUGCCUGGCCGAAGGCGACAAAUGGAAUUGAAGGAAAGCAAAAUAUCUUCUGUAGGUGUUAACAUGUUUCAAAUGAGCAAAAUUGUUAAGAAACGUUACAUCUUCGUAACUCGGUAG